UUUUUAAUAUUAAUCCGUUCCGGAUGCCGGGACAUGGCGUAAAAAAGUGGACACAAAAGAGGACGCUGAUAGUUUCCGAAGGUAGUUCGAUAACUUCUGGGAUCGACUGUGUUGGUCUUCCUGUCUCACUCUUCAAAAUGGAGGGGAGCAACGUUACCGUGAUACAAACUGAUCCGGGUAUUUUCGAGAACAAGGUUUUAGCCGAAGGAUAUGACAAAAAAUGUAUUUUUUGCAGGAUUGUUAAUCAUGAAAUGGACACGGAACUUCUCCACUGUGAUGAGGAUAUCUCAUGUUUCCGAGACAUCAAGCCUGGAGCGCCGCACCAUUACCUAGUUGUCCCGAAUAAACAUGUUGGAAACUGCAAAACACUUCGCAAAGAACACGUUCCCUUGGUGAAGCAAAUGGGGGAGAUAGGGAAGGAAAUUCUACAGAAAAACAAUGUGACUGAUUUGAGUGACGUCAGGUUUGGGUUCCAUUGGCCCCCUUUCUGUUCAGUCACACAUCUACACCUUCAUGUUCUGGCACCUGCCAGCCAGAUGAGCUUCAUGUCACGCCUGUUCUACAGACUAAAUUCUUACUGGUUCAUUACAGUUGAGCAACUGAUAGAGCUUCUCAACUCAAAAGAAGAAACCAGCUGAAUAUGUACAUCGGAUCAAUCUCAGUUGGUGUACCUGUGCCU